AUGCUUCGACCCGAUAAUUGCAUUCAAAUCCUACAAACAUGUGCGCCGCCGGUCAAAUGCGCCGCUACCGAUGAUUUUGACCACGCCGACGCCGCACGCCAAAAAAUUGUCGGCGCUCAAGACGCCGCCGCCGAUAAAUAUGGCAUUAUUUCAGAUGCCAAAGAAUUACCUGACAGAACUACACUUAGCCGGAGUGGAUUAGAUGAUGUUUAUUUAUCAAUGAAAGCAUACAUAUGCCAACAAAUUAAUGUAGGUCCUAAAUUUUGUGCUAUAACUUUUGAUAUGUGGACAGACAAAUAUAGACGGCGAAAUUAUAUCACCUUUACUUUUCACGAAAUAGAUAAUAAUUUUAAUAUUGUAUUUUAUACAUUGGCGACACAUCAUGUCACCCAAAAACAUACCGCUGAAACUAUUCUUUCCGAAAUAGAAAAAGUUGAAAAUGAAUUUGAUUUAGGGUCCAAGAAAAUUCAAAUGGUUACGGAUGCAGGACCCAAUGUAAAGAAAAGUGUUCGUCUAGGAGAAUAUGACCAUCAUUUAUGUUUGGGGCAUGGAUUACAUAAUCUAGUGAUAGUCGAUGGAAUAAAAAAAGUUAAUAAAAUUGAAAAUCUCAUUAAAAAAGUUAGAGAAGUUAUAGUUGCCUUAAGAUUCAAAACAGCGGAUUUUGAAAAUAUAAACGAUAUAGAAAAUGUUUUGAAUCGAUAUCAUAUACAUCAUCGUUUGGGGUAUGAUGAUGAUAGUGAAAAUCAAAAAUCAUAUGAGAAAAAACAUAAAACCUUAAAAUUAAAUGUGCCUACACGUUGGCAUAGUAUUUUAAUAAUGCUGGAAAGUGUGACUGGCAAUAACAAAAAUCCUAUAAAUAUUCUAUUAAAUAGAAUGGAGAAACCGGAUCUCAAAUUAUUUAACUCCGAUUGGGACUUGGUGUAUGAACUUUUAAAUUUUCUUAAAACCUUCAAACAAACUGUUGAAUUUUUAUCUGUCCAAAAAAAAGUUACUAUAAAUUUAGCCUUAUUAUUUCGUAGUGAAAUUAAAAAUCAUUUAAUUGUAAAAGAAAAUGAUAGUCCACCCAUAGCAUCCCUUAAACAAAAUAUGCUUACUAAAUUUGAUCAUAGAUUUCCAAUAACCGAUCUUCAGGUGUUAGGAGCACUUUUGGAUCCUCGUUUUCAAUCAAUAAACAUAGUAAAUGAAUAUUUAAAGGAAAAAAAUAUUACUCCGGUUGAAUUUUUAUGUCAACACGCUACCUCUCUACGGUCUUACACGGAUGAAUUAAACGAAUGUAAAAAGACGGAAGUUGCUUCAAAACUCGAUUAUCUUAAGUCAUCGGCUACGAAGCAUUCAUCUAUUCAAAACAAUAACCUGGAACAACAACACUAUUUAACUAGUUUAGAAAAAGAGUGUUAUUCAUUAUUUUCGCCUUAUAAUUUGGAGAUAAAAGAUGUCUUAGAUUUUUGGAAGAUAAGAGCAUUGGUCCUAAACUUUCAAUAUUAG